GUUUGCACUUAGGAUAGUGAAUGCUCCGAUGGCCUUGGAUUUAGCUUUUGGCAUACUGUGUGAGCUGCUCCAGCGGUGGGGCGAGAUCCGUGCCGGUGUACCGAUCCUGCUGGAGUGGCUGCUGGGAGACAGCGAUCUGAAAAGAGACUCCGAGACUUCAGCCCCGGAAGAAGAUGAUUACCUGUUUGAUAAAGGGGAAGUGAAUUUUUGGGGAGAGAAGUUGACUCAUGUCAGACAACUUAGUAAGCACCUUUUACAGCUUAUAUCAAUGACUCAUCUAACUUUAUCAGAUCACGGAGAACUUAAUCGACUAUCAAGAAUAGCACUGGACCAAGCCCAGCUCGUUGGACACCUUCUUAGAGCACUACGUCCGACUCCAGAAUUUUCCAAAACUGCAGAAUUCACAAGAUUGGCUAUUCAAAACGAGAGAAUAUCGGUCUGCCUUAAAAUAUUAAAUCUGCUGAAGUCUGAUGAUACUUGCAAAAAUGAAAAUCUGGAAAAGUAAAUUACUAAAAGUUCAUCCUCAGGGAGCUGCACACAUGUUACUGGAUGGGCAGGGAGACUGAAUUCUAACGAUGUUCAAGGAAUAAGGGAUUGCUAUAAUGACUCCGGUAAACCUGCAACAAACUAUUCAGUAUUCAGGCUAAAACCACAUUUUUUUUUUAUAUAUAAGUCCAUUGAUUUUUUUUUUUUUGUCAGAUGUGCUGUGGGAGACUGUUCCUUUUAAAUGCAUUUGCUAAUUUCAUUCAGCUGAGCAUGGUUUAUUACAGCUACUGUAGGAAGGAAAGCAGCUAAACCUAAUAUUUUCCAUUCAUCCAGGUGCAGGCCACCUGUAGUCAAGUUACAUUUUAUCCCACAUUUUUACCUCCUGUAUUUUAAUGCCAAGAAAAAGUUGAUAUUUUUUUUUUUUUUUGGGUCUCCUUUCAAGAUGUGGAAUGGUAAUUAUUAAAUUAAUGUGGGUUUUUUUAAUUUUAUUUUUAAGUGUUUCUAAAAGAAAAGAAACAAACCUUGGCUUCUUUGUCCAUGACAAUUUUUAGACUACAUUUUAAAUUUCACUGCAUUUUCCUCUGGAGGAAGGCAAGGAUUCUCACUUCGGUAGUAACCUUGUUUUGCACAUGGAAACAGCAUUAGUUAGACUUGUGCGUGCCUCUUUUUUUCCUAUAAAUCAAAUAACUACUUUUAUAAAAUUGCUCUAAAAUGGAGACUGCUGCGUUCAAAACAAAGCAGCUGUUCCACCGCGAACAAAACAGUUUCAGCUUUACUUCAAAACACCUUGCUCUGCAAGCGGACUUGGAAAGUAAGGUCCUACUCGGUAGAGUUAGGCCCCCAGAAGUGUGCCAGAAGCGAUCUUGUGCUGCAGCGCUCGCGCCCGGGAGAUGCUGUCACCGGCGCUCAGGUGAGGCAGCUGUGGGGGAUAUAGCGAGUGCUCGACAGUGUCACCGUCUGAAACACAAAAAUGUUUGCUGUGCUUUGCAGAUGUAUUUUUCUGGAAACUGAAAUUGGGUUUCAAUAUGAAAAUGAGACACCGAAAAUACAUACGUAUUUAAAAAGGGUAUUGUUACGUUCCUUUAGCCAAGGGCUGUGACUUUAUGGUUGGCUGUAGCGUAGCUGGGCACAGCCACAACGGAGAUGUACCUCGCUUUACCUUGUUAUUUCAGUCUCCUUGGAAGAGCAACGUCUCCAAUAAACGGUUGUUCGCUUU